AUGACCCAUGUGGCGCUAGACGACGAGGCCCGGCAUGAGAUCUAUCUAUGGGUCGACGGAAUACCCCUUUCAAGGUCUAAGGGCUACAUCUCGCGCGACUUUGCCGAUGGCGUGCUGCUUGCAGAGGUUAUCCAUCACUUUCUCCCCAAGCUUGUGGAGCUUCACAACUAUCAAUCUACGACUAACUCCGAGGCCAAGAGAAAGAACUGGGAGACCCUACAGCAGAAGGUGCUCAAAAGGCUCCAGCUUAAGCUGAGCGCCGACGAGAUUGAUGCGCUCAUUUCUGCAAAGCCAGGCGCAAUUGAACGCGUGCUGAUCCGGGUUCGCUCGGCCAUUAUGCGCGUAAGUGCAAGAAGCGAGGAGCAUCCUUCGAGAUCCGACCCGCGAGGAGACGAGCAUCGCCUUCAAAGGCAUCUUUCGGCCCCCAGUCGCUCAGCUCCUUCCGUAGCUACUGCUUCUGCUGCAAACCAGCAGCAUACGCCCGCUCCUGCACCUACCCUUCGAGUGGCUCCUCCUCCCCAGCCCCCUCCAGUCAGCAACACUUCUAUUGGCUUGGCCGACCUGCACGACGGAUCAAGCAUUGCUAACGGAGACCUCAUGGAAGAGAACACUCUCCUCAAACAGAAGAUUGCCACGUUGGAAAAACUUCUUGCGGUGAAGAACGAGCGAAUACUAGCCCUUGAGAGGAAAAUAGAGCAUCUUGAAGUAAAGCUCAAGCAGCGCAAUGGCGCAUAA